ACAUUCAUUCAGUUACCUGAAAGCGCGGCGGAUUUUUAAAGCGAUUAUUACAAUUAUUUUUAAAUUACGUAGUUACGUAUUAGUAUGUGAAUUAGAAGAUCAGAAUACAUAGCUUGAUUUGUAUAUUCUGGUUAAGUUAAAUCAUUUUUUACAACUGUAAUUAAUUUUAACUACUUACUUAGUUCAACGUCUCAAACAAAUACAAUACACAAUUGCAAAAUGCUGCAACCAGUGAUGCAUGUUUUGAAACAUAAAAACAUUGUUUUAGCUAGUAGCUCUCCGAGAAGGAAAGAACUUAUUGAGAACAUUGGCCUUAAGGUUAGUCAGUGCGCUUCAUUGUUUGAAGAAGAUUUGGACCCUAAGAAUUUUAAUGAUUUCUCGUCCUUUGUGGAGGAGACUGCUCUGCAAAAGGUCCUUGAGGUAGAGAGCAGAUUGAAGACACAGGGAGAAGCCCCUGAUAUUGUCAUAGGUGCUGACACUAUGGUCACUCUUGGGAAACUGACUUUUGGGAAGCCUAGCUCAGAAGCUGAAGCUUAUGAAAUGCUUUCUAGUCUUUCAGGGAGAGGGCACGUAGUAUACACCAGUGUGGUGGUGAAGGCAGCAGAGAAAAUUGUCAAGUUCACAGAGCAAACAAAUGUUAUAUUUGGUAACAUUGAUGAGGAGCAGAUUAAGGGAUAUAUUGCUACAGGAGAACCUAUGGAUAAAGCGGGAGGAUACGGUAUUCAAGGCGUUGGAGGUACGUUCGUAGAACGUAUUGAAGGAGACUACUUUACUGUGGUGGGGCUACCACUGUUUAGACUUAGUCAAGUGCUGUAUAACAUGUUCAAAGACAAGAACAAAGAAGUUGCAUAGUUUAAUUUAGAAUUCAGUUAAAAACAUAUUUCUGUUAAGUUAUACUUUCUAUUUUAUAAUUUUAUUAUUUGUUAAACACAGAAGUAGCUGAAUAAAUAGUACAAAAAAAUA